ACGAACAGGGAAUGGUGCAUACGGGAGAGGGUAGAGCAGGAAGGCGCCUAUUUAUGUUUAUCCGAGACUUUGGCCGUUAUCAGACUUUAGCUGAAAAUCGCUCACUGAUCCCAAACCUCAUUAUCGUAAGUGCUAUCGAACAGUGCGUUUAGUUUUUACUGAACUUACGCAACGUACAGAAGCAACAUCGGUGCCUUAUUUUGUUGCCUGCCGCGCAUUGGAAUUCGUUGCCAAACAGCUGUUUCUGCUAUUGUUGUUGCCCAGUGGGUUCAAAGUGUCAAACAGCAUUGCUAUCGCGGAGCAUGAUUGUACGCAACGGUGGCAUCGUCAUUAUUCAACGGUACGGCCGAUUACUAAUCAACGCGCUACGUAUCACAAAAGAGGUUGUGAUCGGACGCAGCAAUCCGACGUUCUUAAGGCGCAGACUGCAAGCUGCUGGUGGCAAACAAAAGUUAACAGUUCCGGUGCGCCCGCUCCUAUUCGUGACUUCAUAUUCGUUGUUUUCCUCCAAGGAGAAGAAGAUAGAUUCACCAGCGAUCGCUAAAAUGGCGGAAGACGGUGUAAAAUCGCUUAGCGAGACCAUCCAGCACGCAGACCAGCUUUUUGACGAGAACAACUUCCAAGACGCAUACGAUCUGUUGCAGAAGUACCCGGCACAGGAAACGUACGACAUCAAGUGGCGACUGGCGAGAGUGACGUUCUCACUUUCGAAACCCCAACCAAGCCCUCGGAAAGAAGAAUUGGUGCGGGAAGCGUUCCGUUACGCGGAGGAAGCCCUUAAGCUGAACGAUGCGGAUUUUGCGUCCCACAAGUGGUACUCGAUCUUGCUGGACGCUAAAAGCAGCUUGGAUGGUAUUAAGGAGCGUGUAACGCAACUGGAAACGGUCAAACAGCACAUGCAGCGAGCGGUUGAGUUGAACCCGAACGAUCCGACCAGCUGGUACAUUCUGGGCCAUUUCUACUUCGGGCUGGCUGAAUUGCCCUGGUAUCAGCGGAAGAUUGUGUCAACAAUUUUCGCGACACCACCCACCGGUACGUACGAGCAAGCGCUGGAAUGUUUCGAGAAGGCCGAAUCAACGCAGGCCAACUUUUACUCCAUGAAUCACCUGAUGCUGGCCAAAACGUACCAGGUCUUGAAGCAGGCGGAAAAGGCAAAAGAGUUCAUGACACUGGCGGCCAACGUGGCUGUGCUGAACGAGGAUGACAAACAGUGCAAGGAGGAGGCAACGAAACUUCUGAAGAAAAUGUAAUUGAGUGAGGAUUAUCAAGGAUUUUGGUGGAUGGCGGAUAAGGGGAUUUUACAAGGUUUUUUCCUUUGCUUUCUGAAAUAUUUACAUUGUGAGAAAAAAACUAAAGAAACAUGCAAUAAAAGGUUCAUUCCA